AAGGGUGACACAAGAUGGCGGCGCCCAUAAGCCGUAGAGGCAUGAAGCGGAGGAUGUUGGCGGCGGCCCGGGCUCUGCUGGGGCCGCGGCUGAGGUGGCCGGUACCGGCUCGCGAGCACUGGACACCGGCCCACCGUUCACGGAGCCGGCGGGAAGCGGCAGAGGCCGAGGCGGACGCUCCAGUGUUCCAGUACGUGGGCGAGCGAUCUGCUCGCGUCGAUCGCGUGUUCGUCUGGGGCUUCAGCUUCUCCGGGGCUCUCGGAGUGCCCAGCUUCGUGGUGCCGUCCUCGGGGCCCGGACCGCGCGCCGGCCUGAGGCCCCGACGCAGGAUCCAGCUGGUACCCUACCGCUUGGAGAUGGACCAGAAGAUUUCCUCUGCUGCCUGUGGCUAUGGAUUCACAUUGUUGUCCUCGAAAACCAACGAUAUCACAAAAGUCUGGGGUAUGGGACUCAACAAAGAUUCCCAGCUGGGCUUCCACAGGAGCCGGAAGGAUAAAACCAGGGGCUACGAGUACGUUUUGGAGCCCUCGCCUGUCCCGCUGCCCCUGGACAGACCUCAGGAGACAAAGGUGUUGCAGGUGUCCUGUGGUCGAGCACACUCCCUUGUCCUGACAGACAGAGAAGGUGUCUUCAGCAUGGGGAACAAUUCUCACGGGCAGUGUGGCCGGAAGGUGAUAGAGGAUGAAGUCUACAGUGAGAGUCACAAAGUGCACAGGAUGCAGGACUUCGAUGGACAGGUGGUCCAGGUCGUCUGUGGUCAGGACCACAGCCUGUUCCUCACAGACAGAGGUGAAGUCUAUUCUUGUGGAUGGGGUGCCGAUGGACAGACAGGCCUGGGUCACUACAACAUCACCAGCACACCCAGCAAGCUGGGUGGAGACCUUGCCGGAGUCACUGUCGUCCAGGUCGCCAGCUAUGGUGACUGCUGCUUGGCUUUGUCCGCCGAUGGAGGUGUCUUUGGCUGGGGAAAUUCUGAGUACCUGCAGCUGGCCUCCAUCACAGACUCCACACAGGUGAAUGUCCCUCGGUGCCUUCCUUUCUCUGGAGUUGGCAAAGUGAAGCAGGUGGCUUGUGGUGGCACAGGCUGUGCUGUUCUGAAUGAAGAAGGACAUGUUUUCGUCUGGGGCUAUGGAAUUCUUGGGAAAGGACCAAACCUCUUGGAAACGGCUCUUCCAGAAAUGAUUCCACCUACGCUCUUUGGUUUGACGGAGUUCAACCCCAAAGUCCAGAUUUCCCAGAUCCGAUGUGGACUUAGCCACUUUGCUGCACUCACCAACAAGGGCGAGCUGUUUGUGUGGGGCAAGAACAUCCGAGGGUGCUUGGGGAUUGGACGCCUGGAAGACCAGUAUUUCCCAUGGAGGGUGACGAUGCCCGGUGAGCCUGUGGACGUGGCUUGUGGAGUGGAUCACAUGGUGACUUUAGCCAAGUCAUUCAUCUGAACCGCCCUCUGGGCCUAUCCUAGCCUGGCCCCAGCCUGUGAGCCAUACCAACAGCAACAGCUUGGCAGAGGCAGGGUGUGGCUACCAGCAGAGCUUCUGAGGGUACUGGGAGAGGGCUGGUGGCGGGGCGCCCUGUGGAGCAGGAUGCUUGCUCUGGAUCCUCCCUGGGGACAUUAUACUAGGAGCCUGUGGACAGGGCCCUUUCCCUGCUGAGGUUCCUGCCUGCCUGCUGAACCCAGCUCGGAUGGCUGCAGUUGGCUUGGCAUGUUCCUGAGGAGUCCCAGGGCAUGAAGGCCUUGGGUGGCCAGGCAGAUUCCUUUUCCAGGUAACACACAGUGGAGAUGUGUUUUGUCUGAGACACCGUUCUUAGGGAAAGUUCACUGUCCAUGACACACUAGUUUAGAGACACGACAAGGCACUCAGAAGAACUUGUAGUCCCCUGUCACAAGAGAAUAGACCUUGGGCCUCAGCUCAGCAAGAGAGCCAGCUGACUUCAGCUAGGGCCUCUCACACCAGCUGUCACCCCAGAUGUUCCCAGAAGAACAUAGUCCUGGAGGCCAGAAUGCCUUGGCUUGAGACUUCACGGAGUGGCCGGCGGUAGCCAGCCUCCCUGCUUAGGUCUACAGUAUCCCCAGCCUUGGAACUUCUCCACUGCCUGGCUUUGAACAGCCCAGAAGCCCCUGAAGAAAGAGUGUGUGGGCCAAAUGCUUGUGGGCUGAGGGCUGUGGAAUCUUGGCUGACGGGCUGGCCUUGGAGUAGGAAGCCUCAGAAACUGGGAAAAUAGUUGUUUUUAAGAAAGCCUGUCUUUUCCUUGCAGAACAGUGUUUGAAAAGGUCUUUUGGAAUAAAGUCUAUUUUCUGCCUUUUUAAAGAA